CCUCUUUGUGAAGUUUUAGGGUCUGGUAGCGCAGUUUGAAAAAGAAAAUGACUCCAUCCACAGAACCAUCAUCCCAGCAGAAUACGGGAAAUCAAGCAGUCAGAACCAAGAAAAAGAACAAGAAGAACAAAUCAUCAGAAUCCGAGCAUCAAGUUGAAGAAAAUGUUAAGCAGAGUUACCAAGAAAACGAGGAAAUUGAGCCAAAAGAUAGCAAGAAAGACAAGAAAAGGAAAAAGAAAGAGCGCGAAAACAACGGAGGAGGUGAAUUCGAGGAAGUGAAUCACGAUGAAAGCGGUGAGGAGUCUAAGAAGAGGAAGAAGAAGAAGGGGAAGAAUAACAAAAAGCAGAUGAAAGAGGAAGAAAAUGGAGAAUUUAAUGAAAGUCGAAGUGGGAAAGAAGACACAAUUCAAUUUGAUGGAAAGGAAAAAGUGGUGGUGAGCGGAAAGAAUGCUGAAGAUGCAAAAUAUUCGCCCUUGAAAUCAUUUUCUAAUUCUAAUUUACCAAAAAAUGUUUUGGAAUGCUGCAAGGAUUUUAGUAGCCCAUCUCCUAUUCAAGCCCACGCAUGGCCCUUUUUGUUGGACGGUCGUGAUUUUAUUGGAAUUGCAAAAACUGGGUCAGGCAAGACUUUGGCAUUUGGCGUACCGGCAAUGAUGCAUGUAUUGAACAAGCGAAAUGGUAAAUCCUCUAGAGGGAGGAAUCCACUUUGCCUUGUGCUUUCCCCUACAAGAGAGCUAGCUGAACAGAUAUUUAACGUUUUGUGUAAUGCUGGCCAAGCGUGUGAUGUCGAAUCCGUUUGUUUGUAUGGGGGAACAUCUAAAGGGCCACAGAUUUCUUCUUUAAAGUCUGGCGUUGAUAUAGUCAUUGGGACACCGGGUCGUUUGAAGGAUUUGAUGAAUAUGGAGGUGUGUCAGCUUAAUGAGGUAUCUUUUGUGGUCUUAGAUGAAGCUGAUCGAAUGCUUGACAUGGGCUUUGAAGAGGAUGUUCGUUUUAUAUUGGGAAAGACAUGUUUUGCUCGUCAGAUGGUAAUGUUCAGUGCUACAUGGCCUGCAGCAGUUCACCGGUUAGCUCAAGAAUACAUGGACCCUAAUCCUGUUAAGGUUGUGAUUGGGUCAGAAGAUUUAGCUGCCAACCAUGAUGUUAUGCAGAUAGUUGAGGUUUUGGAUGAUCGUGCACGUUAUGAACGAUUGAUUGCUUUGCUCAAGAAGUACCAUGAAUCUCAGAGGAACAGGGUGUUGGUAUUUGUCUUGUACCAGGCAGAAGCGGAUCGUAUAGAAAAUAUGCUCAAGAGAAGUGGCUGGAAUGUUGUUUCUAUACAUGGUCGCAAAGCACAAAAUGAUCGCACUAAGGCUCUAUCAUUAUUCAAGAAAGGAAGCUGUCCUUUGAUGGUAGCUACGGAUGUUGCUGCAAGGGGGUUGGAUAUUCCAGAUGUAGAGGUAGUGAUCAAUUAUAGUUUUCCUCUCACUACAGAAGAUUAUGUACACCGGAUAGGGAGGACCGGAAGAGCUGGUAGAAAGGGUGUUGCUCACACAUUCUUCACUCAGCAGAAUAAGGGACUUGCUGGAGAACUGGUAAAUGUUCUCAAAGAAGCUGGGCAGAUUGUACCACCAGCACUGUUGAAAUUUGGAACUCAUGUCAAGAAGAAGGAGUCCAAGCUAUAUGGGGCUCACUUCAAGGAGAUCGCUGCUGAUGCUCCAAAGGCUAAAAAAAUAACAUUUGACGACUCAGAUGAUGAAAACUGAUCUACAUGGCCUGCAGUAAAAUAUGUAGACUAAUUUUUUAUUCAAUGAUUUUCCCCCAUAUUUUAUUUUUAACCAUUUUUGUUUAAGCAAAAAUUGAUCUGAAUGUAGGCCGUUCUGUCCGGUGGAAUGUAAACUGUAAACCUAGAUCUUGCUUAUUUUCAUUGAAUGGUCCUCUUGUUAAGAAUCUCAUAUAAAAAAAAUUGGGAAACCUAAUCUGCAAGAAAUGAUGUUGGAAUUGAUUUA